GGUGGAGGGGGGGUAAACUUGGACCGUGUGAGAGAGGGAGGGAGACGUGCAAGUUGUGUUGUGAGAAAGCAUUUAUGCAGAGAAGAGCAUGUAAGGGGAGAGAGGAAGCCAGUAUCUUAAAGACAGAGAAAACACGAAAGGGAAAUGCACAGAAACAAGAAGGUCAACAGGACUGACAGCUGAAAGGAAGAGCAUGUAUAGUGACAAUCCUGGACACUUUUUAAAUGUGGGAACUGGCAACUGGACCAAAAAGAUAGUCCCCAGCUGUGCAGUUGUGAUAAAGAAUUGACCCCGACGUGAUUUGAACACGCAACCUUCUGAUCUGGAGUCAGACGCGCUACCGUUGCGCCACGAGGUCACUUGUUAUCUAAAUUGGAGCACCUGACCAUUCCGGCACGGUGCUGUUUUCUGCACAGGAGGUCAAGAGGAGCAUCUGGAGAAUCUAGGACACUUAACCAGCCAACCUUCAUUGGUGACCAGCCUGUUCAUAGCAGAAUGGAUGGGUUAACUGCUGUCAUUGUCCGUGGCUUUGAAUGUCCUUUGCCAUGGCGAAGCGCGAGGCUGGGAGCACCAGCCCUGUGGUGCGUCAGAUAGACAAGCAGUUUCUGGUCUGCAGCAUCUGUCUGGAUCACUACCGCAACCCCAAGGUCCUGCCCUGUCUUCACACCUUCUGUGAAAGUUGUCUCCAGAACUACAUUCCCCCAGAGUCUCUGACACUCUCGUGUCCAGUGUGUCGGCAGACGUCCAUCCUGCCAGAGAAAGGAGUUUGCGCUCUGCAGAACAACUUCUUCAUCACUAAUCUCAUGGAGGUCCUUCAACGAGACCCAGAGUGCUCGCGGCCAGAGGCCUGCAGUGUCCUGGAGUCGGUCAGCGCUGCAGCAGCAGGGAAGCCCCUCUGCUGCCCAAACCAUGAGGGAAAGGUAAUGGAGUUCUACUGCGAGUCGUGUGAGACAGCCAUGUGUCUGGACUGCACAGAGGGCGAGCACAGGGAGCAUGUGACUGUUCCUCUGCGGGAUGUCGUGGAGCAGCACAAGGCUGCACUGAAGACACAGCUGGAUGCCAUAAUGAGCAGGCUCCCACAGUUAACAGCAUCAAUCGAGCUUGUGAGUGAGAUCUCCCGCCAGCUAAAUGAAAGGAAGAAUGAGGCUGUGGCAGAGAUUACCAGUACGUUUGAAGAGCUGGAGCGGGUGCUCCACCAACGUAAGACAGCCCUCAUCACAGACCUGGAGAACAUCUGCAGCACAAAGCAGAAGGUCCUGCAGGCCCAGCUUUCAUCUCUCCUCCAGGGGAAGGAACAUAUCCAGAGCAGUUGCAGCUUUACGGAACAGGCUCUCAGCCACGGGAGUGCUACUGAGGUGCUGCUAGUUCAGAAGCAGAUGAGUGAGCGUGUAACAGCGCUGGCCAGACACGACUUCCCAGAGAGACCACAUCAAAAUGCACACCUGGACUGUCAGGUGGAGACUGAAGGUCUGCGGCGCUCCAUCCAGAACCUGGGAGUUCUCCUCACCACAGCCGCUGUGGCUCACACCUCCGUCGCCACAGGAGAGGGCCUCCGCCACGCAGCGACUGGGCAGCACCACACAAUUACUGUGACAACAAAAGACAAAGAUGGGGAGUUGGUGCGAACAGGAAAUGCUGUUUUAAAAGCAGAGAUAACGUCUGCCGAUGGGAGCUGCGUCACAGAGGCGGAGAUAGCAGACAAUAAGAAUGGGACUUAUGAGGUGGGCUACACGUUACGCUCUGAGGGGGAAUAUUCUUUCGCUCUGAUGCUGUACGGCCAGCCGAUACGGGGCAGCCCGUUCCGCCUGAGGGUGGUCAAGCCCUCAGACGUGCCACAGUCUCCAGAUGAUGUGAAGAGAAGGGUAAAGUCUCCCAGUGGGACAGGGGGCCACAUACGGCAGAAAGCAGUGCGUCGGCCCUCCAGCAUGUACAGCACAACUAAGAAAAAGGAGAAUCCCAUCGAGGAUGAGCUCAUCUACAGAGUGGGUUCUCGGGGCAGAGAAAAAGGGGAGUUCACAAAUCUGCAGGGAAUCUCAGCCUCGUGUAAUGGCAGAGUGGUGGUGGCUGACAGCAACAACCAAUGCAUACAGGUAUUCUCUAAUGACGGUCAGUUCAAGAUGCGCUUUGGGGUCAGAGGUCGGUCUCCAGGGCAACUACAGAGACCGACAGGAGUCACUGUGGACAUGAACGGUGACAUCGUGGUAGCCGACUAUGACAAUCGAUGGGUCAGCAUCUUCUCCUCUGACGGCAAGUUUAAGAAUAAGAUCGGUGCAGGUCGUCUCAUGGGUCCUAAGGGUGUGGCUGUGGAUAAGAAUGGACACAUCAUCACUGUGGACAACAAGGCCUGCUGUGUCUUCAUUUUUCAGUCCAAUGGGAAGCUGGUGACUAAGUUUGGCGGAAGGGGGACGUCUGACAGACAGUUUGCAGAAAAACUUGGCCCAAACUUUAAUAAAUCUGGCUCAGUUUUCAGUCCACACUUUGUUGCGGUGAACAACAAGAAUGAAAUCAUUGUGACAGAUUUUCACAAUCAUUCUGUGAAGGUGUACAAUGCGGACGGAGAGUUCUUGUUCAAAUUUGGCUCUCAUGGUGAAGGCAAUGGCCAGUUUAACGCUCCAACAGGUGUGGCUGUGGAUGCCAACGGAAACAUUAUUGUUGCUGACUGGGGCAACAGCAGAAUACAAGUCUUUGACAGCACAGGCUCCUUCUUAUCUUACAUAAACACCUCAGCAGACCCGCUGUAUGGCCCUCAGGGCCUUGCCCUCACCUCAGAUGGACAUGUUGCUGUUGCCGACUCUGGCAACCAUUGCUUUAAGGUUUACAGAUAUCUGCAGUAGUGUACAACCCCCUCUUAAACAAGUUAACUUCACAUACUGCUUGUGGACAUAAAGCUGCAACGUACCUGCACACCUGACAGUGGCCAGGUUCCACACAUGCAUAUCCUUUUCAUUUUUACUAACGACUAUUCAGAAGUUACGACAGAAAAAUCUGAGUAAAAAUGUUUGCAUGAAAAACUACCAGAAGAUCCACAAUUCAAGUGUAUUUUAAAUUUUUUAAGACAAACAAUAUAAUCUCAAAUGGCUUUCUUGAUGAAAUAAAGGUUAAAAAAAGAAAUCAAAUUUCACAAGCAACAACAGAAUAAAAUAUCCUGUUAACUGAUAUAAACAAUUAUAGUCUACUUUGAACCUAAGUGUUGUUUUUUUUUUUUUUUUACCAAAUCCCCUGAGGGGAAAAAUGAACUAGAAGUUAACUUCUGGAACCAAACGUUGCAGCUGUAUUUCUCACAAAUGUAACCUCACCAGUAGACAGCCUGCCAGUCUGAAGAUGGUGAUACAUUGCAAUUUUUUGGGGCAAUGCAGUUGGGCAAUACUCCCUGCAACCAGCACACAAAGCGAGAAAUGGAAGCAGAACCUGCUUCCUGUUUUCAUGAUGAUGCUUUGUAAUCGAAAUAACAAUGCUCAGGCCUUUUCCUUGAACACUGUUGCAUGUCGAUGUGCUCCAAAAAAUGACCCUGUCGUCGCUGCCUUCAAUUUCUCAACAGUAAACACAACAGAACACAUGCAGACAGGAAUGUGUAAGAGGAAAUGUUUUGUAUUCUCAUUUUGCACCUUAUCUACACAUGGAUAAAGACACUUCUUUUCUUUCAAGUCAUAAGAUGAGUUGACCUACAGUAUAUGCACGUUUUUUUUUUUUUUGGUACCCAAAGACAAGCAGCAAGAAGCACAACAGUUAAUAGGACGACAUCUUCUUCUGUUAACCAAAACAAACUUCUUAUAUCAGACCCCACUUGUUCUUGCACUUUUGUGUGUUCAUACCUACAUCCUAAUGUAAUUGCACAUACGGUAUGCAUAUUUAGGUGUACAUAUGGAUUUGGUGUCCAAGUUAUUUCACUAUAUAGCCUACUAAUUACAGCACUUAAUGAAUCAACACUGGAACAUAUACUUAUACAGUAGAAGGUCUUGCCAAGUAGAAGCCAACUGAAUGGCUUGCAAACAUCAAUGGAGCAAAGUUGUACACACAUUAUUUGCUGUAUUAUUUUAUUUUCAAAGGACUUAAUUUAUUUUUCUUUUCUUUUUCUACUUAAUUUCUUCUACAAAUUAUUUUUCUAAUUGGUGCAUUUGAACUGUCUCCUCUUUGCCAAACAUCUCCGUACAUAGGCCUUGUAACUUGUAGCACUGAAAGCCGUUCUGUCUUUUGCUCACCUCCAGUCACACACUAACUUUUCCUUCUGCCAAAACGUAUUGUUGUAAGUUGUUGUUGAACAUUGCACAAAAUACAAAAUAUUAUAAGAUUUAUAUAGUUUGCCAGAGUAAUAUAUGCCUCUGUGUAUAGUUAUCAUUUAACAUAAUCAGAGAGUGUACUGUAUAUUACAAUCAGAUUCUUGUUGUAGCUGACAAGUGCAUUUAUCAUGGUUUUUUCCAGUAUUUGUAUUCAUUUGCUUGGUUGUUCAGUGUUUUGAAGGGUUUUCUGUGUGGCUCCUCAAGGAACACAUCACCAGCUAACACCAUUUAAUGAAAAACUUCAUGACUUAUAAUGACAGGUUUAGUUGAUUUUUCUCCUCCAUUAAUUAGACCCCUGUGUUCCUAUGGUUUAUCUUUUCUGUCUGUCUCCUGUGACUGUCACCUACCCACUCAUGUCUGUGAGAAUUAAAUGAAGCGCAUACUGUAUAAAUGAAACAGUAUAUCAACCAUCUUGUGUAGCCUUCUAAAAGAGGCCAGUCUUCAAAAGUUAUCACUACAUUUAUGUAAUAAUGGCAAAGGUAUGAUUGUAAAUAUUAAAUAAUUACACUAUGAACUAUGGUGUGAACACUCUGUUCUGUAUAACAGGACUUCAGUUAAAAAAAAGAAAAAAAUGUACACAAUGUAAAAUGAUGUUUUAUUUUAAUUUUAUAAUGAUGGGAGAAUUUGCAUGUUUUGUUUAUUUUUGUUAUAUUAGAAACCACCGUCUCUUCAUCUUUUCUUGCAGAGAUAGUCUAAUAUGAAGCUUCCUUAUGAAGAGGAUUAGCUACGCACAAUCUAAUAUCCCCAAGUAAGUGUUGUCCCUCCCUGGAUCAAUGAC